UUGUCUCUGCCUCCUCUCUCAUUAAGUCUUGUUCAAUUCAUCAACUUAAGCCAAGAAGAUAUGGGUUUCAGUAGCAAAGCUUUGGUUUUCUUCCUGGUAACUAUGAUGGCAGCAGCUUCAUCAAUGGCUGCAACUUAUGAUGUUGGUGAUACUGCUGGUUGGACAAUCAUGGGAGACGUCAAUUACGAUGAGUGGGCUUCUUCCAAGACUUUUCACGCUGGAGACACCCUUCGUUUCGUCUACAAUCCUGACUGCGACAAUGUCUUACAAGUGACGUCUUCAGACUAUAAAAACUGUACUAAAACAGCUCCACUCGCCACCUACUGGACAGGGAACGACGCUAUUCCAAUCAUGGGGGAUGAUGAUCACUUCUAUUUCAUCUGUGGUAUCCCUAGUCACUGUAAAACCGGCCAGAAGGUUGAAAUUCAAGUUGCUGCCCACGCUCCAGCUAUUUCACCACCUUCAGCAACUCCGCCACCACCCUCUAAAUCUUCUGCGUCGUUUCUCUCUUGCAGUCUCCUUGUCAAAAUACUGCUUCCUGCUGUAACACCUAUGCUCCACUUCACUUGGAUACACAAUCUCUGGAGCAUAGGUAACACCUAUGCUCCACUUGGAUGCGCACAAUCUCUGGAAAUUCUAAUGUACACUUCACUUGUAACACCUAUGCUUUAG